CUCCGCCGUCUGGCGGUUUCGGUUUCAGGGCGGUCCGGAGCUGCCGCUACGCCAGCGCGCCCGGACGGGCAGCCCGCAGGAUCCCACAACACACCAAAAGGCUGUGUGCCUCAAGCAGGUUAGCAAGUGAAGAAAUCAAGGCAAGUGGAUGUUGUCCCCCAGCUCCUUUGUUUUGGGACCCCCACUUUGUUUUCGGUGCCGCUGCUCUGUUUCUGGGCUUCCAGCAGCUGCACAGAGUGAGGAACUGCAUAUCAGCAUGCACCGUGUGUUGGGAUGUCACUGUAUGCUGAAAUACUGCCACUGGCAGAUCAGUUCUUCGUCAGGUUAUGGAGCAGAAGCCACCUUUGCGUUUGACAACUGAGAGAAGGCUGACCACACAACAAUGCAGCCUCCAUUUCAGAAUGAUGAUCUAGACCUGGAAGCAGCCAUAGCAAGUGCCCGCCCCCAGCUAGUGGAGUUCCUCAGUCACCGUCUUGACUGGCUGCUCACGACCUCCCGGUGCUUCCUCCCAGAGAUGGCCCUGAAUGUCCUGGAUGGUGUCACCAACCACAGGGAAAAAGCCUCAGUGCUUCUUGACCUGCUGGAGAAGGCUGGCCCUGCUACCUGGAAACAGUUUGCACAGCACCUCUGCAUGGAAUGUGACCUCCCCCUGGAUCUGGAGAUACUGCUCAUAAGUUCUGCAGGAGAAGGUAACUUAACCCAGAAACAAGAAGCAUGCACAGAUGUGGGUGUCCGGUCAUCUGUGUCAAAAGGGUUUGCUUGCCGCCGCCGUAGCAAUAGCCCUGUGAGUGAUAAGGAUGUUAAACGGCAACGACUAGAUACGGCUGAAAAGUACCGGCAUCUCCUCAUCAAUUCUAUCUGCCAAAGGUAUGGAAGCAGGAGACCAGCAGGAUCAGCAGCACAGGAACAAACACAGCCACUGGCUUUCAACCAAGCCUUUGUCAACCUUGUCAUUCAGCAGAGCAAAGCCUCCCGCUUAAAAGAGAGAACAGAUAAACCCCGUGAGGAUGUGGCAGGUGCUCCUGAACCAGAAGAAUGUGCAGAUACAGCUGUGAAAGUGUCAGAUCUGUUUCGUAGUGUGGUCCCGUCGGGCAAGACAAGAGUCAUCUUUUUGUUUGGUAAACCAGGUACAGGCAAGACCAUGCUAAUGCACAGGAUUUGUCAGAAAUGGGCAGAAGGUAUCCUCCCUCAGUUUCUCUUCACUUUCCUGUUUGAGUUUCGGCAGCUGAAUUUAUUAAAAAGAAAAUUGACUCUGAAGGAGCUUUUGUUUGACCUGUUCCUUCAGCCAGAAGACAGCCCUGAUGCAGUGUUCCAGUACCUUCUGGAAAAUGCCUGGCACACACUGAUCAUCUUUGAUGGGCUGGAUGAGUUUGCAGCUAACAUGGAUGUGUCAUCAUCUUCUAAGGGAGGUCCAGUUCUUACCUCCUGUAUGUCCAUAUCUGAGCUCUUUGCAGACCUCUGUCAUGGGAAGCUCCUGCCUGGUUGCACAGUGUUGGUCACCAGCCGACCUAAGAGAAUACCUGACUUCUUAAUAAACACAGUAGAUCUGCUAGCAGAAGUUUGGGGAUUUGACCAUGAGAAGGUUGAGGAAUAUGUCAGCCACUAUUUUCAUCAGCAUUCAUUCAAAGAACAAGCCAUUACUCACCUGAAGAGCAACACCAAGCUCCUCAGCAUGUGCCUCAUCCCUGCCCUGUGUUAUGUUGUAUGCACCUGUUUGGAGUACUUGCUCCUUAAACAUCAGAAGAGUGUGGAGCUUCCUCAGACUAUGACACAGUUUUAUAUUAAAAUGCUUCUCAUCUUCAUAAACAAACAGCAAGGAGAGUGUGCAGGUGGCGAGGAGACUCAGCUGAACUGUAACAAAAAGGCCAUUUUGGGUCUGUGUGAUCUUGCACUGAAAGGCCUGGAAGAUAAGAAGCUUGUAUUUUAUGUUGGUGAUAUUCCAGAGCAUGUGAAGGAAUUUGCUUCCUUACAUGGAUUGCUGACUGUCUUUGAGGUGAAGACAAGUGGCACUUGCCCAGAGGCUGGCUAUGCCUUUGUGCACUUGAGCUUGCAGGAGUUCUUUGCAGCACUGUGUCUCAUGGUAAGUAAGAGCGUGGACAAGAACUACCUGAGGAAGAAGUUCUCCUUGAAGUCAAAGUGGACUUUGAAGAAUGAGGCAAAGACUGAAUUCAUGGAGAGUUUUCACAUCUUUCUCUCAGGCUUGUCAUCAAAAGAAUGUAGGACAUUUCUCAUGCUGCUGGCUGAACAAGAUGAAGCUUGGGUGCAGGAUAAGCAGGAUGCAAUCCUGCAAUCUCUCAAGAAACUGGCAGCCACUCAUCUGACAGGGCCUAAGGUCAUUGAGCUCUGUCAUUGCACGUUUGAAACACAAGACCUUGAAGUAGCUCAGCACAUUGGGAGCCUGCUGAAUUUCAAGUAUGAGUUUAAAAACUUCAGACUGACACCUCUGGACAUGUCAGCUUUGGUUUUUGUUGUAAACUUGGGCCAGGAUUUGACUCAUUUGGAUUUUGCAGGAUGUCUCAUGGACAUUGGCUGUUUGGAGGUUCUGGCUGGCUGUAGAAAUGUAGACCACUUGAGCUUUCGUAGUAGGAGAUGUGGUGAUGACUUUGCUGCUGCUCUUUCAAAGAGCUUACGAGGAAUGGGGAGCCUGAAAAAACUAGAGUUGACAGGUGGGAGCAUCACAGCUGAGGGGAUGACUAAUUUGGUCCAGGCUUCAUCACAGUGCCUCCAGCUUGAGGAAAUAAACUUGCAGGACAAUAGGAUACGGGAUCUAGACGUGAAGAGGGUGAUGAACCUGAUUUCCAGAAUUGAAAAGCUGAAGAAAAUAGAUCUGAGCAACAAUGAUCUUUCCUUGAAUGCUGUUCUCACUUUGGCAAAGGAAGUCACUGCAUGUCAAAACGCUACUGAACUGCGAGUCAGGAAGGACACCCUGAUUAUGUAUUUUUCGGGCUCAUCUGGAAAAGUUCCAAGAUCUUUGGAUUUGAAAUGGGAAGAGAAUGAGGAACAUGUAAUUCCAACUAGACAUAUGAAGUUAUGCUUGCAGCAUCGCAGCCUGUCUUCCCAACAUGCAAAGGAGAUCGUUGCCAUUCUCCAGAGCUGUCCCUGUCUCUCUGAAGUGGAUUUAUCAGGUAACAAGCUUGGAGAUGAAGGCUGCAGGUGCCUGCUGGAAAGCCUCCCUUGGAUAUCCAUUUCGAAGCAGCUGGAUCUCAGUCAAAACCGCCUCUCUGUUAAUGGCAUUUGCAGUCUGUUGGAGUUGGUAAAUACCUGCCAGAAGAUGAUGGAGGUACAAGUCAGCCUUUGUCAUGAGACUACAGUCCUGAGGUUCACAAAAGACAGAGAGUUUGCUUCCCUUCCUCCUAGGGAAGAGCCUGUGUUCUCUACUGAUGACCAACAAUAUGGAGAGGAAAACCAGACACCUCCUACUUCAAAAAAAAUAAGACUGACAGACAGUCAUUUUCAAGCCAGUGACCUGGAGAAGCUGUGUGCAGUCCUGAAGGAAUGUAGCAGCAUCUCCGAGCUGGACCUAUCACAUAAUUAUCUGGGAGACGAGGGACUUUUGCAGCUGUUUCAGUUCCUCCCGAAUUUGAAAAUGUUGCAUUCUCUCAAGCUUAAUGACAACCGGAUCUCCCUGAACUCUGUGUUUUUCUUAGCUCAGUGUUUAUCUACAUUGGAACACAUUAAAACAGUGAACCUCAGCUUAGGACACCCGCAGGUGGUUCAUCUAACUUUUUGGGAAAGAAUCAGGGUCAGAAGUACCAGCAGAUGGCGAAGCAGUUGCCUGGCAUUUCCCAAGCAUGUAGCAAAAGGACAAUGCUUUCGUCUCAGGGACUGCAGAGUGGGUCCUGAGGAUGUGACCAGGCUGUGCCAGAUAUUGACUCAAUGUCUCCAGCUGACAGAAAUUGAUCUGUCUGGAAAUUCAUUGGAUGACCAGAGCAUUGAGAGAUUACUGAGCUUCCUGCCAUACUUCUGUCAUCUGACAUUACUGAGUAUUAGGAACAACGCAUUUUCCCCACGUUGUACUGUCUUGCUCAUCAACUCCAUCAAUCUCUGUGAGCGGCUCAGAAUAGUAGAAGUCCGGUCAAGUGAAAAUGCUUUUUUGCAUUUAGGAGCAAGCACACGAAGCGAAAAGACAUCUUGCAGGCUGACAGACUGUGCCAUUGGUCAAGGGCAGAUAGAUGAGCUCUGCAGAGUCCUGGAGCAGCGUGGGUGGCUGGCAGAAGUAGAUUUCUCCAGGAAUCAGCUGGGAGAUGAAGGCCUGAGGUGCCUCUUGGACCACUUGCAUCGAGUGCCCGUUUCCUGUAACCUCAAUCUCAGCCAUAAUAGUAUUUCUCAGGAUGGAGUUCUGCAUCUCAUAAAUGCCUUUGCCACGUCUGGAAAUACUACUGAAGUUCAAGUCAGUUUGUGCUCCAAAGCAACUUUAAUCAUCAAGUUGACAAGCAGAGAUGACCCAAGAAAGAUUUUGAGGCUUGCAGAGUGCAACUUUCAGCCAGAACACUUGGAGAAGUUGUACUCACUCCUGGAAAAGUGCACUGGUCUGACAGAGUACAUAUCCUCAAAUAACAACAUGACAGUCCAGGCUGCAGAGAGACUUUUGCAUUCACUGAGGAAAAAUCUGCGUCCUCUGAAAAUCAGCAUAGAAGAGCCAUGGGUACGUAAAGAAAGUAUAAUGAACCUUCUUGAGCUGGCUGUCCAGGCCUAUGGAAACAUUACUGAGGUCAUGAUAUGUAAAGACAAAACGCUCUUCCAGUUAGGUGUAAAGUUCCCACACUGCCUGGAGAAGGUGGAAUCUGUUGUUAGCAGACUGAAUCUGCCAGAAGUCAAGCAUGCUUGCUUCUACCAAAGGGUUUGUGAAAAAUGUGCUCAGCUUCAGGAAUUGAGAUGGUGUCAUGUUGAGCUCCAUGAUGAUGAAGCAGAAAUGCUGGUCAGGAUUUUGCUACCUCUUUCAGAGCUGAAGAAGUUUGGGCUGACCUGUAGCAGUAUUAUGCCAUCUGGAAUCGAUUACUUGAUCACGGGCUUGCAGAAUUGCCAGGCCAUUGAAGAGCUCAACCUGGGCCACAUGAAACUCAGCAGUGCUGUCAUUCCUGUGCUUGUGCUGGGACUUUGUGAAAUGCGAUUUCUGAAAAAGCUUAUCUUGAACCAUAACAGUAUUGGUAAUGAUGGCUGCUCCAGACUUGCAGAAGCCUUGAGGAAUAUGCACUACAUAGAGGAAAUCAAUUUAAGCCACAAUGAGAUUGGAGAUGCAGGCCUGAUAAAUCUGGCUGCUGUCCUGCUGGAAAUGCAAAACCUGAAGAGAAUCAACCUUUCAGGGAACAGUCCUAGUCCUGCUGGAGGGGAACAGCUGAUGGAAGCUCUUGCCUAUUGCAAGCACAUUGAGGAACUACUACUAUCAAGGAAUGCUUUUGGAGACAGAAUGGCAGUGAAACUUGCCCUGUGCCUGCCUCACAUGACCAACCUCAAGAUCCUGCACUUGCAGAACAACAACAUUGGGCCGGCAGGAGGGAUGAAGCUGGCCAGAGCCCUGGUGGCCUCUAGGCUGCUAGAAGAGAUAAGUUUAUCAGAAAAUAACCUUGGGGAAGAAAGUAUCCAUGCCUUGUCCAAGGGGCUGCCAUGCUUUGAACACCUCCGGAAGAUUGACUUGAAACUCUGCAGAAUCACUGAUGAUGCUUCAAAAUCACUUUCUCAUGGGUUCCAGCAAUGCCCUUCCUUGGAGGAGAUAAUAUUGUCUUGGAAUGCCCUAGGUGACGGAGGAGCCCGAGAGUUGGCCAGUGCUCUCCCAGGGAUGGAAAAGCUGAAGGUGUUAGAUCUGGAAAAAAAUCGCAUUGGUGCCUGUGGGGCCACAAAGAUAGCAGAGAAGCUUGCCAAAUGCCCAGAAAUUCAAUUCAUAAGGCUGUGGGACAAUCCAGUGCCCAAGGGCCUUGCUGAGAAUUUGACAAGCCAAGAUCCAAGACUAUGUUUCUCCUUCUACUACAAAGAAGAGUCUUUGCCUGGCUAAGACUUGUGCUCCGUCUUCCACCGUUUUUCCGAAAAGUGGGUUCGUUCACCUGAUGUGCAACUCACAGAGUGGAGGUAUUUCAUUCAUUUCAGAUGGGUGCUAGGUGGUAACUCCACAAAGCUAGCACCCCGCACCAAGAACUACAAGAUAUUUGUAUGGUUAAGUGCGUCAGUAACAGCUUUCAUACUGCCCAGCUGAUCAUUGAGUAGUUUAUUUCUCAUUUCAUCUUAAAGGCACAGCUCCCUUUAAAUUUGCUACGCAUGCUCAGAAAGUGACUUAUUUGAGUAGGGGGUUUUCUGGCCUAUGGAUGUUAGUAUUUAGUAUUGGUAUUUUUAGUUUUAUCAUUAUAGUUUUAUUAUUAUUUUAGUAUUAUAAUGAGGAUAGUUCACCUAAAGAAUGCUUAGUUUUAGUUUUUAUCAACAUCCCAAUUAGUUGUCCUCCUUGACUAUAUACUUUAUCACCCAUCUUUCAGUGUCUUCUGAGGUGGGAUGCUCCCUUUUAUCAGUCUCUCAGUUCUUCUUCAAGGAUAUAGUCACAAAACAAAUACUUCCCUGUCUCUCAGCUCGCUUCUCUGGCUGCCAAACUCUGUUUUGCCAGGCUCACAUGGUUCAUUUGUAUUACUUAGAAGAAAGUUCCAUUUUCUUUGGGAUAUCACCACUGUCCUCAGAAACUGCACUGAUGAAUGUGGGAAAUCAAAGUUCCUACAAAUAAUAACUGUAACUAUUAAGUCUUCCUUUCUUGCACUGAACCAAGUGUGUACUCUGUGUGUGUUUCCUGUGAGAUUUUACUGUACAGAAAAGUAAAACGCUAAAUAAUUGCCGCUGAGAUGGCAGUAUUCUUGGAGUAAAAACAUUCUCUUCAGAGGAUGAGAUGCGUCUGCUCAGGCAUUCAGAAAGUCUGCGGAGUAUUUAAUUAUCUUCAAUCAAGAUUACCUGAUGGAACAUAUUGGAACACCUACAGGAUGUAAAAUAAUGUACAGAAUUGUGAACUGCUGACCUUGUUUCCAAUGCAAAAUCAUAUAUGACUGUGUGUGAGGUAAAUAACUCUAUGAUUUCUAGGCAAAGAAUGCUUAUAUGCAGUUUUGUUUGAUUCAUAUCAGACUCCUUUUCAUACAGAAUUGCCUCCAUUUCCUAGGAGAGGCUUCAGGACUUCUGAAAUUUCAAAUCAUUUCCCCAAAAUGAUCAAUAUUUGUACUGUGAUUACCUGGAAAGGCUGAUAAUCACCAUAAAUUUCAGUGAGAAACUUUAAAGUACUGAGGUUGUAAAACAAUUUGUAAGAAAACUGUGACUAUUCUGUGUAAUAGCAUUUGUGCUACUGACUAUUUUCACAUAGGGUUUUCUAGACCUUUGCAGAGUUUUUGGAAGACUUGAUUGCAGUAAUCUCUUUGAGGUGAAGCGAGGGGCCAGUUAGCCUGAAGUGUUGAUCAUAUGGUAGAUCCUUCAAGCCUGUACUACUCCCUGAAUCCCAAAGCCUUCAUGUCACUGGGCAAUCAGUGUUGGACCCAUGGGAAUUGGAGGGAGAAGAUCCUAACCACUGAGGUUGCUGUUUGGCAGAGGAGAUGGACUGCAGCUGCUCCUUGCAUGUGUGGAAAGAUGGCUUGAGUUACAGGAGUGCGGCCAUGUCAUUAUUUAUUACCUUGUGUUAUAGUGUUUUCCUUACAUGUUUGUGCUGUAAAUAUUCAAUCCUUGUGGUGGAUUAAUUUAUGGAAUUUUGUUUACAGCAAUGUCUGCUUGGGGAGACAUAACUGAUCUGGUUUGGGCAGGGAAGGCGUUUGGAAUGAGAUUGAAGUGCUGGUCCAACAACCUUUCGGGCAGAGGAUGUGGACAGGUGGUGCCUGUUCUUCCUGGCGGAGCCACUGUCCUUGUUUAAAGGUCAGCAUUAGGCUCUGUGAGAUAGUGACAUUGUUGCAUAGAGGUAGGACACAUUUUGCAGAGACUGUACUCUGAAGAGGGUUUAAAAGCAAAGUAAAAAAGGUAGUGAAAGUCUGUAUCAGGCCAUAAUUCAAUGAAGUAAGAUUCAAACACUGGAUUUUAGGAAAAGCUUCGCCAAAUGUGGCUUUUAUUUUCAUCCGGUACUUUCAGAUCUAGUUUGCAGGUGCAGAUCUUCUUGGCACCCAUAGCCAGGGCCCUUUGCUGUUGCCACAGGCCCAUGUACCGGGGAAAACCAGAAAACACCACUGUCAAGCAGAUCUUUGUUCAGCUCCUUUGUAUCGUCUCCUGAUGCCACCCACUCCUGCAUUUGAAUUUGUUCAGGUGUCGUGAUAGUCUGUUUUCCUCCUUUAUUGGUGUGAAACAUGCCUUGCUUAUGAAACAUGAGACAAGCCUUCUUGCUUAUUGUUUUUCCUCCUUUUUUGUUGGGCAAAAAUGUGCAUUAACUGAAUAAAUCAGAAUGCUGCUUUGA